ACGCGUCCUUAUCCUUGCGAUUUCUUGACUCGCAGGUGAGGGAUCUCCAAUCCAACAAUGGAAAGAACCAUCAUCAUCAAUCUCCAAUCACCGAAUGGAAAUCAUGCUUCGCGUCAACAUUCUGAGGAUUCGAACUGAGAACGAAGAACAGUUCAAAACCUAAGGUUUUUGUUACGGGUGUGAUUCGGACCUCAGUUAGCAUUUUCUCGCGUCUAAGAAAGUGCGGGAAAAUGGCAAGAAGUAUUGACAAGGAUAAUUCACCGUCUCUGAGACCUGGAGAUGCUGCUUCCACUUCUUCAUCGAAUCCGGUCAGAGUUCGAGCCAGACCUGACCCUUUCUUGGUUGUCUGUCGAUGCUUUAGCGUCGUAACCGCAAUUGCUGCAGUUCUUUGUGUUGUCGUUAACGUCCUUUCAGCUGUCCGCUCAUUCAAAAACGGUUCAGAUAUAUUCGAUGGAAUAUUUCGUUGUUAUGCGGUCGUCGUUGCAAUUUUCGCAGUUGUUGCUGAGACAGAAUGGGGUUUCAUCAUGAAGUUCUGUAAGGUGCUGGAGUACUGGGCGGCCAGGGGUAUGCUGCUGAUCUUUGUUGCUGUGAUGACAAGAGCUUAUCCAGAAGAUAAUGCUGACAGGAAGGACCUUGUUCUUCUCCAAAAUAUAGCGUGUUUUAUGCUCCUAAGCUGUGGUGUGAUUUAUGUUGUUUCGGGUGUAUUAUGCAUUGGUCAUCUCAAACGCCUUCGUCAAAAGAAAGAAGUUUCAAAAGACCAAGCUGUUAAGGAUCUUCAAGAAUUGGAGCGUAGAAGAGAGGAGCUUGAAGCAUUGUUGUUGGUUGAAGAAAGAGUUUGAUUACAACAUUGGUAAUUACUUGGUCUUGGAUUGGAUCAUCCUGUUCGAAAUUCAAUAGGAUUGUUUUUUUUUUCUUGGAUUCACUUGUUCAUUUGCGGUAUGUUUUUGAAGCAUCUACGAUAACAAACAAACUGUUGCAUAUUCUUUGUGAAAUUUAGUUGAUGAUAACAAGUUGGAGAAAAAUAAGUUGUUAACCUAA